UUUCUGGCAUAUCCUAACAAUCCCAUUCCAACCCAACCCCCAUGAACAUGUCCACUGAAAACCAUGAAAGCACCUCACCAUCCGGUAUCCUCCUACUAGGCAGCAUCCCCCUCUCCUCAACCGAAGAAGUCUUCCACAAGAUCCCCGCCGCACUACCAGACCGACUCUUCUCCAUCCCCGACGGCGAAACCGGCAUCCGCGACAACUACAUCCGGUGGCAAGUCGACAGCUUCCCCAAGGAAGCCAUCCACCACUUCCUCGGAGGAACCGAUCUACCCGCCGACCAUCCCGGCUUCACCCUGAACGACAUCAAGCCAACCCGAUACGACACAGUCGCACUCGAAUCCUACCAAACCUUCCUCAAGCUCCGAGACCAAAAGAUCAUCCCCUCGGGAGUCCGCUUCCAAGUCUCCCUCCCCCUACCCCUGAACUGCGUGCAGGGCCACACACGCGCAGAAUUCCACGCCCAGCUGGACCCCCUGUACGAGCAGCGCAUGAUCGAAUCAGUCCAAUCCAUCAUCCAGAACAUCCCUGCCCACGACCUCGCCCUGCAAUGGGAUGUCUGCUUCGAGGUCACAGCGCUUGAGAACGAGCGCGGCCGGCUCCCAGACCCCUUCUUCAAGCCUCAUUUCUCGCCAGUGAUGGAGGGCGUGCUAGAGCGUAUUCAACGCGUCAGCGACAUCGCUCUCAUCCCCGCUGGAGUCCCGCUUGGAUUCCACCUGUGCUACGGGGACCUGGGGCACAAGCAUUUCGUCGAGCCGGAGGAUCUCGGUCUUCUGGUUGAGCUGGCGAAUAAUAUCUUCGAGCGUAUUCAGCCUCGUCCGGUUGAUUGGGUGCAUAUGCCUGUGUCUAAGGAUCGGGAUGAUGUUGCUUACUUUGAGCCCCUGAGGGGGCUGAAGAUGGGCAAAGAUACCAAGUUGUAUUUGGGGGUCGUGCAUGCCUAUGAUGAGGAGGGCACUCGCCGGAGAAUCCAGACGGCUAAGUCAGUCGUGUCGGACUUUGGGGUCGCGACUGAGUGUGGGAUGGGACGGACUCCAGCUGAGGAGCUAAACAGCAUUCUGGAAAUAUCUAGAAAUGUGUCUUCGCCGGUGUGGUUAUAGAUUUGUGCCGUGUGGUGAGGGGCUUUUGUUUGCACUUUGGAGUACGUAGUGUGUAUAGAGUAAUGAGCAGUGAAAAAUAUCGUC